AUGGGUACGACGGCCAGCGCGGCGCAGCAGGCAGUUUCGGCAUCCCCCCCGGAGAGCGGGGCGCCAGGCGACGGCAGCAUGGAGGACCAGCGCUCCCUCAGCAUCCACUCCUUCCAGACCUUGGGGCUCCACAACAGCAAGGCCAAGUCCAUCAUCACCAACAAAGUGGCGCCUGUGGUCAUCACGUACAACUGCAGGGAGGAGUUCCAGAUCCAUGAUGACCUGCUGAAGGCCAACUACACGGUGGGGCGCAUUUCCGAGGCUACACUGGAACACUACCUUGUGCAGGGGAAAUAUUUCAUGGUGAGGGAUGUAUACGGCAAAUUAGACGUCUUGAACACUACCGGCAGCUGCGGCGCUCCCAAUUUCCGACAAGCCAAAGGAGGUUACGCCGUGUUCGGCAUGGGGCAACCCAGCCUCAACGGCUUCAAGCUUGUGCUGCAGAAGCUGCAGAGGGAGGGCCACAAGGAGUGCGUCUUCUUCUGCGUUCGUGAGGAGCCCGUGGUCUUCCUGCGGUUGGAGGGGGACUUUGUGUCCUACACCCCCCGGGGCAAGGAGAACCUGCAUGAGAACCUGCAGUGCCUGCAGCGGGGGCUGCGGGCGGAGAGCCUGGAGCUGGCCAUCCGCAAGGAGAUCCACGACUUCGCACAGCUGAGCGAGAGCAUCUACUACGUCUACAACGACAUCGAGCGCUUGCGGGACGAGCCCCACACCGUGCGGGUGCAGUGCGAGGAGGACAUCCAGGUGACAGAGGAGGUCUACCGCAGACCCAUCUUCCUCCUGCCUUCCUACAGGUACCACCGGCUGCCCCUGCCUGCCGAGGGAGCCCCUUUGGAGGAGCAGUUCGACGCUUUCAUCUGCUUCCUCAGGACCGGCGUGGGCAGGACCAACCUGGCCAUGGCCAUGGGCACGCUUGUCCUCCACCACCACCGAGGAGCCGGCCAGAAGCCCGACCUCCCCCCCCUGCCUAAAACAUCUCCCAGGGACAGGCUCCGGGUCAUCCAGACCUUCAUCGAGAUGGUCCCCAAAGGCCAGCAGAUAGUUGAGGAGGUGGACAGUGCCAUCGCUGCCUGCUCGGAGAUGCACAACAUGAAGGAAGCCAUCUAUGAGUACAAGAAGAAGCUGGAAGGGAUCGGGGAGGACUAUCAGAUCCAGGGGAGCAGCACCAAAGAGUAUUUCCUCCAGAGGACUUUGCAGAGCCUCGAACGCUAUUUCUACUUGAUUGCUUUCAACUACUACCUUCAUGAGCAGGUGGCGGAUGAGCGGUUCUGCCCGGACGUGCUGAGCACCGCCAAGGAGAUGAGCGUGGCCAACUUCCGACGGGUGCCCAAGAUGCCUGUCUAUGGCACGGCGCAGCCCAGCUCCAAGACCCUGGGGAGCGUCCUGCGGUACCUGACGGAUGCCAAGAGGAAGCACGCCCGCAUCGUCUGGAUCAACCUCCGGGAAGAAGCGGUCCUGGAGGGGAACGAGCAGAUCUACACGCUGCGGGAGCCUGGGCACCUGGAGGAGCUGAUCCCCGUGCUCGGCGCCUCGCCCCAGCAGCUGGAGAGACUAGAGGCUGCCCUGAAGGGCGACCUGCUGAAGUGCCAGAAGUGGCUGGAAGUGUACCUGGAGGCGGAGAAGCAGAUGAAGAUGUUCAAGAGCUGCCUGACCACGCAGGAGAUCUUCAGCCAGCAGAAGAACGCCUGCCAGGGGCUGACCUACUGCCGCAUCCCCAUCCCCGACUUCUGUGCUCCCAAGGAGCAGGACUUUGACCGGCUGCUGGAGACGAUGAAGAGUGCCCUGGCUGAGGACUCGCAGGCCGCCUUUGUGUUCAACUGUUCCAGCGGCCGGGGCAGGACCACCACGGCCAUGGUCAUCGCUGUCCUCACCCUCUGGCACUUCAACCAGGGCAUCCCCGAGAUGAGUGAGGAGGAAAUCGUGAGCGUGCCCGAUGCCAAAUACACCAAAGGGGAAUUCGAGGUGGUGAUGAAGGUGGUCCAGCUCCUGCCUGAUGGUCACCGGAUGAAGAAGGAGGUGGACAUGGCCCUGGACACCGUCAGUGAGACCAUGACACCCAUGCACUACCACCUCCGUGAAAUCAUCAUCUGCACCUACCGGCAGGGGAAAUCGGGCAAGGAGGACAGGGAGAGGCGGAUGCUGCAGCUGAGGAGCUUGCAGUACCUGGAACGCUACGUCUACCUGAUCCUCUUCAACGCCUACCUGCACCUGGAGAAGAAGGACUCCUGGCAGCGGCCCUUCAGCCUCUGGAUGCGUGAGAUCCCGGUCGCUGCAGUCCUGGGUGUUUUUAAGUUAUAA